UGCCGGGCAGGGUGGAGGUGUCUGCGUCGUCCGCAAGGAUACGACGUCGGUUGCCGCGACGCCGCCGCGGUUCGCGCAGGCACAGGUACGAAGUGCGCGCGUUUUCGAGGCGGUAUCGCGAAAAGCGCAGGAGUGGCGUUUCCACGUAUCGUGUCUGAUGUUGCUGGUACAGGCCGUCGUUGAUGGGUAGUGGUAGUAGCAAGAGGUUCGGCGGCAUCGUCGGUAAGAGGUGAUCAGGGAAAGAAGAGGGAAACCAGGGGGGAAGGACAGAGAUAGAGGCAGUUGUAUCGCGCGGUGCAGUGCGAAAAGUGUUCGCGAAGGGGACCCCUGGUUCGUCCCGUGUGUGGGUGUGCGUGCGUGUGGCCAGGCAAGCACAUAGAACGUUGACUAGUGACACACACACGGUGUCGGGAAAGGGGGAGGAGAUAAAGACGGAAAACACGGGCUCCGCCGGAUAAUCGUUGUGCACGGUGUGCGGGUUUCGUGAAGGUGCGUCAAAUGACAGUGAGGUGAUCAAUGUGCUUGAAACAUGGCUGAGGAGCUGGUGGUCAUCCUGAACCGUGGCGACUCGUCCGGAUUCGGGUUCUCGCUCCUCGGUACCGCGGGACUGCCGCACGUCAUCUACGACAUCGUCGAAAACUCGCCGGCAGCGAAGAGCGGCAAGGUCGAGGCCGGUGACGUCAUACUCAGGGUGAACGAAGUCGAUGUCAACCGAUUCAGUACUAAAGAAGUGCUGAAAUGUUUGCGGCUCUCGUCGGACCCCGUCACCCUGAAGCUACGAAGGGAUCCUGCAAUAAAAGCGCACGUACGUCGCUUGUUAUCGCCUGGACAGCCGGUAUGCGACGAGACGGACUCCUCGAAGAUCUCACACGAGGCGACAACCCUUGCGAACAAUCCCCGGUCCAUAUCGUCGGGCAAUAGCGAGGACUCGGAUUCAAGGAAAACGAGAACGCCGGAACUUCCGGGGGGAUCGCCUCAGGAACCGACCGGCGCGUCGCAGUACACGACCAGAAGCAACGGUUCGUACAGCGAUGCAUCCGGUUCCUCCGAGCUGGAGGCGCUGCUACCGCCGGUCGACAGUUUCAAGGAGGAGGAACGGGCCCAAUGGGAGCCUCUGUCCGGCGAGAAGUUCACCAGACAGAAGAACACGCCUAGGUUCGAAGCCUACAUGAUGACCGGUGACCUGAUGCUGAAUCUGUCGCGCACCCAGCAAAGCAGCGGUCUUCUCCCGAAGCACCAGAAGAAGGUCGACUCGCUGAGGUACAACAAUCAUCACACCCACCAUCACCAUAAUCACCACAAUCACCAUCAUCAUAACUCGGUACCUACCAGUCCUAACGAGAUGCUGGGCCAUCACCGUGCUUACAAGUGCACCGGUUCGAACUCGGCCAGCACCUCUCCGGUCGGGAUCAGCAAACGCGAGAGCGGCCAGUGCCCGGGCCAGAGCGAUACUAGCAAGCCGAACGCCGCGAGUUUCGGUUACUCGAGCGGUUUCGUGCGUACCUCGCGCUCCGAGGACCACUUGCAAUUCCAAAAGGAUCCGGCGAUGAGCGCGGUGGACAUUGACAUUGACGACGACGUCACGUCCAGCUUGAACACCCUGUUGGACACGCGGCCGGACAGCGGCCAGGGCUUGUCCAGCGAGCGGAUCGUCUGGACGUACAACGCGCCGGUCAGCUCACCGUCCGCCUCGGAGCGCACCUCUUGCUGCCAAAAUGGCAGCUCGUCCCAAUCCUCGUCGAGUAGCUCCUCGACGGAGGGCACUAGCCCUCAGAGAUCCUUAUCGCCGGCCUCCCCUACCUCAGUCUCGUCCUCCGUCAUGUCCUCCAAUUCUGGAUCCCGUAGGUUCCCACCGCCGGUACCCACGGGCACCAGCGCCACAGCCCUGGGCCCCUCCGGCGACGGGACCACCUCCUCGGCCUCCGGCCUCCACCCCACCAACGGUGACCUCAGCCAGUCCGAGGCCAUCAGCAACAUGUCCAGUCCCGACUACAACGACGAGGAGACUAUGGACAUACUCAGUGCUCGCGAUAUGAUGGUCAGUGAUCCGAGUGACAGUGACUCGACGAUACUGGCCAGCGAACCGCCCCAAAGGAGGCUCAAGACUUCUGCGUCCACCCCCACCGGCUACCCUGCCGGCCAGGACGCGACGUCCGAGCACAGGAUAGUGAUACAGGUGAAGGGGCCCGACAAGGAGACCGCCACCGCUAGGAACACUAGUCCAAGGCAGAACAGGCGACGCGGGAAUCCCAGUAAUCCUGACCUUGUGCCCACCUCGACCGCGCAGAACACCGUGCAACGAUCCGCCGCCGGCAAUGUUACUCCCGAGUUCGUUGGAUAUCAGGAGUUGAAAGAGAGCGAGGACGAGAAGGAGGCGCUGAACUGCGGCAUCUUCGACGACAAACACGGCACGUCACCGCCUCAGUCCGCCGAUGAGGAGAGCGACAUCGAGAGUUUGCACAGCUUCCAUUACAGUCCUAAGGCAGUGGACCUACCAUCUGCUGUUCGGUUGGCCAAGAGGCUAUACUCAUUGGACGGUUUCAAAAAGUCUGACGUUUCUAGACAUCUUAGCAAAAACAACGACUUCAGUAAAGCGGUGGCCGAAGAAUACUUGAGAUACUUCAGCUUUGAACGGGACUCGCUGGACGUGGCUCUCAGAAAGUUCCUUGCCCAGUUCUCUUUGACGGGGGAGACCCAGGAAAGGGAAAGGGUUCUUGUACAUUUCUCCAAGAGGUUUCUCGAUUGUAACCCGGGCGCCUUCAAUUCUCAGGACGCUGUUCAUACCUUAACCUGCGCCAUAAUGCUGCUCAACACGGAUCUUCAUGGACAGAACAUCGGCAGGAAGAUGUCGUGUAACGAAUUUAUAGAGAACCUCUCGGAACUGAAUGACGGUGAUAAUUUCCCUAGAGAGGUGCUAAAGCAACUUUACAACGCCAUCAAAUCGUUCCCCUUAGAAUGGGCCUUGGAUGAAGAGGGAGACGAAGCAGCGAAUCAGGCGAUUCAGCAGGGUGAUGGUCCAGCGAUGCCUGGAACCGGGAAUCCGUUUCUCGACGUGCCAAAUGUUACGGGUGCUACGGAGUUCAAGAAGGGUUACGUUAUGCGGAAAUGUUGCUACGACUCCAAUGGAAAGAAAACUCCGUUCGGAAAACGAGGUUGGAAAAUGUAUUAUUGUACAUUGAGAGAACUUGUAUUAUAUUUGCACAAAGACGAGCAUGGCUUCCGUAAUGAUAGUUUGCACAACGCGAUACGUAUACACCACGCGUUGGCCACAAAGGCGUCGGACUACACGAAAAAGCAACAUGUCUUCAGGUUACAAACCGCGGAUCAAGCGGAAUAUCUCUUCCAAACGAGUGAUUCCAAAGAACUGCAAUCGUGGAUCGACACGAUCAACUUCGUCUGCGCCAGUUUCUCCUGCCAGCCAUUAGCAGGAGCUGUGGGUUCCCAACGAAAGUUUCAACGACCCCUGCUCCCCUGCAGUCACACGAAAUUAUCUCCUAGGGAACAGUUACGGGACCAUGAGGAAAGGGUUAGCAAAUUAGAAGCGGAACUAGAGGAGCACAGGCGGCAUCCACCUGAAAGAGGGGCGAAAGCGCUCACUGUACAAAACUAUAAGGAAAAGGAUUCCUAUUUGCAUCACGAGUUGAAAAGGUACAAGACAUACGCAUACUUGUUACGGUCGAGGCUGGCAUUUACAGAGGUGGAGCCAUCAUUGGUGGAGAGUUGUAUCGGUGAAGUAGACGAAGGAAGUGGAUCUCUGCUGAAUUCUGAUGUGGCUUUAGUACCGCCGCCGGUUCCCGAUCGACCUGCCAUAAAUAGGUACAGUUACAGGGCUGCCAUUUACAACCGUAAUCUGCUAAACGAUCAGGACUACGGCGGGGACAUUGGUUGACGUGUGAUGGGUGUCUUUUCAGCAUGUGUGGUUUAGUCUGACCUGCGUAUGCAGGCAGAAGCGACAGCUGAAAUUUGGAAGACAUAUUAACGAAAACCUAAUGAUGUAUUCGACACAUCACCUGUUAAGUACUGUACCGUACCGUGUACUCACCAUUCUCUUUUAAUACAUUUAAUCAUGAUUUAUCAGCGGUCAUUACAACUGGUAGCAGUAGCAUUCGUACUGCGCUAUUAGCACAGCAGCGUUUUUUUGUAACCUUCCCACAAAACUAUUCUUCGGUAUCAAUUUGAUUUGACCUCCUUUAUUUUUGUAUUCGAUUUAUUCAUCGUCGCUCAAGUAUCAUUGUUUUUUAUAAGAAUUCAUUGUAUAAAACAUUAAACAGGAAGAAAGCUGCUGUCCUAUGCGCAUACUCGGAACCGGUUAACUAACUGGUGAUUGGGUCAGGGUGUUCACGCCUAACUCAGUAUAGUGUAAAAUGAUUCACUAAUUAUACCCAAAGUAGAUUGUUAAAAAUUUACCAAAGACUUGACAAGGCCCGACUCAGAUUCGUGCCUUGACUGAAGAUAAGACCAGUUAAGUAUAGAACAAUUCUAAUAUCCGAAUAAAAAGAUGUUCGAGCGCUGAAGAAUAAUCCAAAGGGCAGAUAACAAUGACUAUUGUUCAAUUAAUCUCAAUGUAAGACUACCUGUACAAAAGGGAAACACAAAAGCAGAUGUGUGUUUUUGAAGAGAAAACUAUAAGUACUGUUUUUCAUGGUCGAAUCACUCUUUCUUAAAUGUAACAUGAAUCUACAUUAAUCUACUUUUUUGUGUGAUAAGAAAAUAGUUGUAUAAUGAACAUUAUUGUGUCGAAGGAAAAGAAAUUACGAAAUCAUUGCAUCACAUAACGUAUAACAAAAAAAAACAAACUGUGCGAUACUUUGUUACUAUACCAAACUGUGUCUGUCUUCAUACAAAAUAUCUUAUUCAGGCAUACCUUCAUGCUUCUGGUUUGUGCUUUAAAUUCGCUGCUAACAUUUUCUAACAUAUUCAUUGUCAGACUAGUUCAUGUUGGGAUUGGUGGUUGUAACGUAACAUCUGCUUCUCUUGCUACUUUAAGAAAUUUGAUGGACUGUUAUUUGGCGUUUCCGUAACUACGGCUUCCCGACAUGAUUUGACAAUGUCGCCCAAGAACUUAGACCAUGUUGUCGGUAAAAUGCAUUUCCGGUAAACCGUUUUAGGGUAUAGGCUGUCGACGCCAGGGUUAAGGUGUGACGAACAAGCGGACACGAAAAGUGAUAGUUCUCAAAAUUUAUAUGACGACGGACUUCGAAGUAAAUUAUGUUUAUUGUUAAAUAUUUAUUUAACGGUUAUUGAGAUAAGAGUGAUGAUUGAACUGAGAAUCGUUGGAAAAGAUGUUUAUAUUCUCUAUGGUCAAAUUAUCUGAAAGUACGUUUGGUCGAAUCGCGUUACAUUAUUGAUAAGACCGAAGACAUAAGUAUUUCAGAAAGUCUUGUUGGAACGGCUCAGUGUGUUCUGAUGUUUUGAUUUUGUUAUUAGUUUACAACGAAUGAUAAUCGCGUUAGGAAAUAAGAGUUCAGCUAAGUUUGCUGAAAUUGAAAAUGGAUAAAAAGUAUUUACGUGGAUGUGUAAUAGAUUUAGGAUGGCAACAAAUUUUGGUUUUUUAUCGUUAAUAAUUGUUACCUCUGUUUUUGGCCUGGUCGGUAGGUGUAUAUGAGCUUCCUAGAAGCCAAACUAAUCAAUUCGUUUUCUUAAUUAAUUGUUCAGUGUUUAUUUGCAAUCAUAUGUUUUAUUUUAUACGGUUCAUAUAUUUUGCAAUAUUGAAAUCAUAUUUUCAAUAAUUCAUUAGAUAACUUACAUCUAUUCCUACUUUUUAAAACAAAUUGAAAGUAGCAUUACCUUUAGCAGUAUUGUAUUUCCCUACCUUCUAUUUCAUAGAGUUAAUUAGUCUGAUUUUUAAGAGGCUCAUAUGUGGUUAAAAAAGAAUGAUACAAGAACAUGAUGACCCAUUAUUAGUGGACCACACUGCCUAUUUGCUUUUUACUGAUUACGUCCAAAUGACUGAAUUCUAUCAAUGGGAAGAGUGAUCCAUCCGAGGGUCGUGUCUCAUAUUCAUUUCUUGUUAAUUGCAGCAGUGUCAUCUACUGUUGGGUAACAUUGGAUAUUAGACUUUCAUCGAUUAUGAUAGUCUGUUUCGCCAAUACAUCAUGUUACUUGUUUAUACUUUUUAUCGAUCGCGCCAUGCUAGCCCAUCAAUGGGUUACACAGGGACAAAUUAAAGCAUCGUCUAUUGCCCACUGGUGGGUCGUGUCAUCCUAAAUAUGUUAUAGGCAAUUAUAUGACACGGUAAUAAACUGUGUAUCAGCCAUUUUACAAGUGUAAAUGUACUAUAUAUUUUUAUAUUUGGUGUAUUUAUCGCGAAUAAUUCUAUUUGAUCUGCGUCCUCGAUUUCUAUAUGUUGCGGUUCGACGAUGCCUGACAAAAAUAUUUAGAUUUGCGAUGAUGGGAACCAUUUUAGUCGUGUACGUUUCUCUGUGAUCGCGCGCUGUCUUUAUGUUCUGUAAAUUGGUUGAUACGUAAACAAGCAAAAAAUGCGUCACUCGGUAGUUUAGUUAACGAAAAGUAAAUUGCAAGUGAAAGAUCGAAUCUUUCGUUUCACGUAAAGAAAAGAAAUUAAUAUCGCAGAUAGAAUUACGUAGGCCUCACCUUAUUCUAAUCACUGUUCUGACAUUACGUUUAGAUGCAUAACAGUAGCAAUUUAUCGAAAUUAUUCUAGCCUUUCUGAAACGACUAUACAGUACCGUAUAUAUAUAUACAUGUAUGUAUAUACCGUGUACAUAUAUACAAAUAUAUGUAUAUGUAUACGAAUAAUUAUAUUCUUGCAUAAAAGUAUUACGUAAUAAGUCAAAUGCUUUAUCGAACGUUAUGACUGUAAAAAAGUUUAGUAUUUUUACUAAUAUGAAAACCGACAUCUUUCAUAUUGUUCUUUAUUGAUUAACUGUACUUUGUUAUUAAUACUUACGUUCGAUAUACAAAACUGUACUGAUAUAGUUGAAUUACCUAAAACACUUCCCAAAGCCUGCUGCUGAAUACUUUUAUUAAAUGUUGCUUUCAAUUAUUUCAAAAUUGAAUUCACUGAUGCAAAAGCAUUUGUAAAUAUUACAUAAUUAUUUUAUGCCAAAAUAUUCUGAAUCUAAUUAAAAAAAAAGCGACACUGUAUUCUUGGGAAUCCAGUAUUAGGAUCCAUUAAUUUUUUUUCCUUUCAGUUUAAGAAUGAAUCAAAAGUUCCAUUUUUGGUGAUUAUUCCAUAUUAUAAAUUGCAGACAUCCUUUUAGAACAGACAUUUAAGAGAUUUGUUAACUAGUCGAGUAUUAGCAUUUCUAGAUAUGGUUCCUGUAAAUUAUAUUGCUGCUCAGUAUCUAAGAAACUAUUAAUUUAAAUAUAAGCUAGAAAAUAUAUAUUUCAUUACUUUUGUAUUUUAAUUGUAGAUAACUGCUUUGAUUCUUGUUUACCACUUUUAUUAAUACCAUCCUUUUGUAUCGUUCUCGAGAAGUCGUUCAUUACAUCUAAUCAUAGUGUAUACUAGACCCCUUGUACAUAAAACUGUAUUAUAUGUGGAUAAUAUAACGAUUAUUAUAAACUAUAUAAUGCUAAUGGCAAUAAAAAUAAACAGUCUCCAGAUUACAUAAAUCCACAAGUUUCAUAUGCAACUCCCAGUGUUUCAGAUAUCAGUAGGUACUUACGUAAGAUAUAUUGCAUCUUCAUUUUUUCCUUCAUUGAAACUGCAUGUAAUGGACACCUGUGUAGUAUGUAAAUUAGAAUUUAGUAUAGCAUGCACAGAUGCUUAAGUUCUGUAUACUGUUAAGUAAUUGCAUGUUAAUUUUAUAGUUGGUGACAGGCAUUAUAAUAAUAUAUUCUAACAAUCUGUUAAUAGUACAUUUAAUUUUAUUCUUGAGAAACUUCUGAUAGAUUCUUAUUCAACACAAUUUUGUAGGCAUGCAUGAUCUCCAAAUAUUCGUUCCAAUGAAUGUGUAUUGAGUACUUACUCAUUACACUGAUAUUUAUUGCCAAGUUUUCAGCUGCAGACGAAGUUAUGCAAAUCAGCAUGAACACUACACUGUCACACGUUAAUCGCAACUAUUCGUAUACAGAACUUUAUAAAAUUCAAAGUUACAUUAUAUACUAAAAAACAAAAUGAUAUAAGAUACAUUAUAUUCAAUUCUUUAGACGAGACUUCUUUUAGGCACAAACUAAGAUAUCUUACUGUUCAAAAGUUUAGAAUAACUUACACGUAUUCAAUAUAAAAGAAGACAAAAUAAUUGAUGUAGCUACGAUACUUUUGGUCUGGCAUUUUUAUUAUGUCUUGUAAUUUUUACUAUGUACAUUUAUUGGAUAUUUCUGCAUAUUUUAUUAAUUUUUCCAUUAAAAAAUUCAGUCUUCAUUAAAUGAACAGUUCUAAACUUCCGAACAGAAAUUUAAAAAUGUAUUACUAAUUAAAUUUAUUCUGUAUUAAUAAGUUUGUCUAAAUCUUACGUGCCUCUGAAGUAUUAGAAUGUGAAAGACUUUCAGGAACCAAUGUGAUUAACUCCAAAUUGGGCAGAUUUUCGUAAAAAUUUAAUAAUCUACAAAAUGAAUAACAGUAUUAUAAUUUGUUUAUAUACCAUAGAAAAUACUGUGACAGCGGAGUUACUGAUAUUGGACGCUGAAAAAGUAAUUUGACACUCAAACGUGCAUUUAUGAAUAAGUAUAAAAAGAAUAGCCCUUUUUCUAUUUUCAAAUAUUUUAUUAAAUACUUCUAUAAUGAUUGUAUUACUUUAUUC